AUGGCGAAAAAUGGCCUCGUUCCCUACCCGAGCGCCUUCAACACUCUGCUGAGUUCUCUCGUUCGGUCGGGCUCGUUCGACGAGGCAUGGCGUCUGUUCAGUGAUUCCAGGGCCAAAGUCGGUGUCGUCGACGAGCGGAGCCUCGGGAUCAUGGUGAAGGGCUGUUGCGAAGCCGGUCGCUUGGACCGGGGUUUUGAGGUUUUCGCUCAGUUGAAGGAGAUGAACUGGUCUCCAGUGGCUUACGUGUACACGACCUUGAUCGACGGCUAUUGCAAACACGGCGACGUCGGAAGGGCGGGAGAAUUGUUCUCCGAGAUGAGCGAGUUGGGUUUAGUCGCCAAACGCAACACCUACAGAGUUUUGAUUGAUGGGUAUUUGAGAAAAGGCAUGAAGGAAGAUGGUCUGGAGCUGUACCGAAAGAUGAAGGUGAGCGGGGUUGUUCCGAGCGUACAUACUUGCAAUCUCAUGAUCAAUGUGCUUUGCAAGGGAGGUGAUGUGAACGGAGCCUUCGAACUGUUUGAUGAAAUGGGCGAGCGAGGGAUCGCGUAUAGUGUUGUCACAUUCAACACUCUCAUUCAGGGGCUGUGUCGUGACUCGAGGGUUUGGGAAGCUGAGAGGUUAGUGGACUUGAUGAAAAGGAGUGGUAUUAAUCCAGACGUGAUUACCUAUAACACGCUCAUACACGGAUUUUGUAAUUGUGGGAAGUUGGAUAAAGCUUUCACCUUAUUUGAUCAACUGAAGUCAAAUGGUCAUUCCCCAUCCUUGGUGACAUACAACACUUUAAUUGCAGGAUCUGCUAGAGCCAAGAAUUUGCCUGCGGUGACUGAUUUGGUGAAGGAGAUGGAGGAGAGAGGCAUCGCUCCUUCGAAAGUGACCUAUACUAUUCUAAUAGAUGCCUUCGCGCGAUCAGAUGACAUGGAGAAAGCAUCGGACAUCUAUGCAUCCAUGCAGAAGGCUGGAUUCAUUCCUGAUGUGCACGCAUAUGGUGUCUUAGUACACGGGUUGUGCAUGAAUGGUAAUAUGAACGAAGCAUCGAAGUUAUUCAAGUCGAUGUGUGAUGGAUGCGUAGAGCCCAAUGAUGUGAUAUACAACACAAUGAUCCACGGAUACUGCAUGGAGGGCAGCUCGUACAGGGCCCUGAGUUUGCUUUCAGAAAUGGGCAAGAAAGGAAUGGUUCCUAACUUCGGCAGCUACAGUCGUACUAUUGAGGUUCUUUGCAAGGAUCAGAAGUGGGAAGAGGCAGAGGAUUUACUGAAUGCCAUGGUGAAGCUAGGUUUGAAACCGUCUGUUUCUCUUCAUAAUGUGAUUGCAAAGGCAAAGAGUGGCACAAGUUAG